AUGGUUGAUAAUUUGUUAGCUUAUUUACUUACUAUAAUUUUAGGUGCAAUAAGUUUUUUCAUUUAUAAAACUUUAAUUGAGCCUUUUUAUUUGUCACCAUUACGUAAAAUACCUGGUCCACCUUCUGAAAGUAUUUUGUUGGGAAAUUUUCCAACUGUUGCAGCUGACGAAAUGGUCCCUACAAUUAUCAAUGUUACUAAUAAAUUGAAUAAUGUGUUGAAUGAUGUGAUUGGUAAUCAAGAUGAAAAACUAAUUGUUAAUAUUAAUUCAUAUAUAUCAAAAGCUACAUUAGAUAUUAUUGGCUUAGUUGGAUUUCAAUAUGAAUUUAAUUCACUUAGUUCCGAGAAUGAAUUAGCAACUGCUUAUGAAGCACUUUUUAAUGUUAAAUUAACAUUCAAGAAUUUCAUGCUAAUGGUUAUUUCAAAUAAACUCAAAUGGUUUAGAUCUUUGCCAUUUGAAGAAAAUAUAAAAAUGACUAAAUCUGUUAAAGUUAUUGAAAGAAUUUCCUUACAACUAAUUAGAGAAAGACAAAAACAGGCACAAUUAAAAAAAUUGGAAGGAAAAGAUUUGUUGUCUUUAUUAAUCAAUAUUAAUCAAGACUUGCCACCAGAAGAAAAAAUUUUUUUCAUUUAUAAAUCUUUAAUUGGACCUUUUUACUUGUCACCAUUAUGUAAAAUACCUGGUCCACCUUCUGAAAGUAUUUUGUUUGGAAAUCUUUUGACUAUUCUGAAUUCUAAUAAAAUGGUCCCUUCAAUUAUCAAUGUUGCUAAUAAAUUAAAUAAUGUAUUGAAUGAUCUGAUUGGUGAUCAAGAUGAAAAACAAAUUACAAAUAUUAAUUCAUAUACAUCAAAAGUUACAUUAGAUGUUAUUGGCUUAGUUGGAUUUCAAUAUGAAUUCAAUUCACUUAAUUCUGAAAAUGAAUUAGCAGCUGCUUAUGAACAAAUUUUUGAUACCAAAUUAACAUUGAAGAAUUUCUUGUUAGUGGUUAUAUCAGAUAAAUUCAAAUGGAUUAGAUCUUUGCCAUUUGAAGCAAAUUUAAGGUUAAUUAAUUCUGUUAAAGUUGCUGAAAAAUUUUCCUUGGAACUAAUUGAAGAAAGACAAAAACAGGCACAAUUAAAAAAAUUGGAAGGGAAAGAUUUGUUGUCUUUAUUAAUCAAUAUUAAUCAAGACUUGCCACCAGAAGAAAAAAUAAAUGUGCCAAGAUCAUGGGAAUUAUUAUUGGAAAUUCAACGCAAAUCAGACAUUGAAUUUGAAAUGGUCCCUACAAUCAUCAAUUCUGCUAAUAAAUUAAAUGAUGCAUUGAAUGAUCUGAUUGGUGAUCAAGAUGAAAAACAAAUUACAAAUAUUAAUUCAUAUACAUCAAAAGUUACAUUAGAUGUUAUUGGCUUAGUUGGAUUUCAAUAUGAAUUCAAUUCACUUUGUUCUAAGAAUGAAUUAGCAGCUGCUUAUGAACAAAUUUUUGAUACCAAAUUAACAUUCAAGAGUUUCAUGUUAAUGAUUUUGUCAAAUAAAUUCAAAUGGAUUAGAUCUUUGCCAUUUGAAGAAAAUAUAAAAUUAGCUAAAUCUAUUAAAGUCACUGAAAAAUUUUCCUUGGAACUAAUUGAAGAAAGACAAAAACAGGCACAAUUAAAAAAAUUGGAAGGAAAAGAUUUGUUGUCUUUGUUAAUCAAUAUUAAUCAAGACUUGCCACCAGAAGAAAAAAUUAUCCUUGUUCCACCACUCCCACCAAUUGCCAUUUCAAAUUCCCCGUCCUUUUCAAUAAUAACAGGUACACAUGAUGAUAAUGGUCUCUUAUUCGGGGCUUCCAGAUUAAAAUAA